ACCGUUACCACCAGGAGUGCCUGAACGUUCUCAUCCCCAUCCUCAACCACGAGCACCACAUCAUGUCGGACGAGAACCUGUUCGCGGCGACGAUUAUCCUGCGGGUCUGGGAGGAAAUGGAGGUCAAGGCCUCGGGUGUCGAUGCACACAGCUACCUGCUGGGCAUUCAAGCCUUUGUUCACCACGGCACCGGCGGCGACGGGAGCCGCUACCUUAUGCCAGGCUCGCUGAGCGGCGCGGCGUUCUGGGUUGGCCUGCGGCAGGAGAUUUACAGCGCUGUGAUGAACCAGAUGCCCGUGCGUAUCAACCUGGUGCACUCGCUGGUCGACCGCACCCUCGUCGCGACGGAUGAUUAUGGCUGGUCCAACAGGGCGGUCGUGCACUGCGCCGACGUACUCAAUUAUUGCUUCAGCAACGGCUCACAGGGCAGUAUGGGCCGGGCGGGCGGCGUCGACUGGUGGAACGAGCUGGACCAAUAUAACAGGCAGUGGACAGGAGGUCUCCCGUCCAGCUUCACGCCCAUCUUCGAACGGGAACCAGACGCUGACAAGGACGAGGCCUUUCCGGAGGUUUGGUACCAAAGCGCCUGUCAUGCGAUCGGGGUGCAGCACCACCUGCUGGCGGAGCUCUUCCUCGUGAGUUUUGACCCAAAGAUUCCCCGAAUGGGAGUGCAGAGGAAAGAAGCAGCCAAGCGAACAAGCGAGCGGAUCAAGAACCUCGUCAGGAGGAUGUGUGGCAUAGGGUUGUGCAACCAAUGGACGCCGCCGAGCAUGUUCACGGCCUGCAUGGCCAUUGCAGCAUUCGGAGAUCAGUUCCAGGACCGAAGGGACCAGGACGCCUGUCUCAAAAUCCUCAAGGUGACAGAGAAGAACCACGCCCGGCCGACCGAGGCUGUACAGAGACAGAUGAUGAAGUCAUGGGACAUGAGGGACGCGGUGUCGAUCUAGUGGCUGGGCAUGUACAUGGUAGAACUGAUACCAUGCAAUAACAGCAACGCACAGACGAAUAAGACGGGACGGCCAUCAGAGGUGUGUGUGUGUGUGUGCGUGUGCGACGCAUGGGCUGGUGAGGAAAGCUUGCUCGCUUUGGUGUGCAUGCGAACGGUCAAAGCGGUGCCAAAAACAGAAUACCAGGGGGGCAAGCAGCACACAAGAAAAAAAUCAAGCCCUUUGGAAACGGCCAGCUGACGAGAUUGGAGCUCUAGCCUCAGGCAAAAGCAAAUCGAGAAAGAAUUUUCCCAUUCUCCUCUUGCGUCGUGUCUUUUCCCCCGCAAGGACAGGAAAGGAAAGAAUGAGGACACAAAAACCUGCAUGGUGGGUGGGAAGGUUGGAGAAGGUUGGAGUGGAGUCUUUCGGGGAUUCUGACCUUUUUUUCUGUACACUACUGUACACUAGGGGAUUAAAUAGGCAAUUCUCGACGGAGAGGCAGCUCCCUGCCGAGGCGCUAAGUCCCUAGGUACGAUGCCUUGUGGCACUGACAAGGCUGGUUCUCAAAAUGAUUAAAAUCGCCG